CGAAUUUUGGAGGUAUUUUGGAGUUUUAGUGGAGCACAUCAAAUGGUGCUUAAAGAAAUGCUCAUAAUAUCCGGCUAGAAAAGGUGAUGAAGCAUGUUGAUCGUACCAAGGAUUGUGCUUCGUCUUCAACCGAAAAAAUGGAGGUCCCUUAGCUAUCACCACCACCACCACAGCCAUGAACAUGAUAACCAAAUUCACCAACCACUUCCACUUCCUCCAACAUUUUACCUCUCCCGUAUCUGCCGAAACCUCGACACCCUCAAGAAGCUCCACGCUUCCCUCCUCAUCCACGGCCUUCCCCUCGACACCAACCUCAUCUCUCUCUACGCCUCCUUCGGCUCCCUCCCCCAUGCACGAAACCUCUUCCACCGUUUACCCUCUCCAAACCUCCACUCCUUCAAACUCAUCAUCCGUUGGCAUUUCCUCAACGACGACCAUUCCCAUGUCGUUUCAUUCUACCACCUCGCUAGACUCACUCUCGGGUCCCUCAACGACCUCGUCGUUUUCUCCAUUCUCCUCAAAACUUCUUCCCACUUACGCGACCUCGUUCUCACCACACGGCUUCACUGCCACAUUCUCAAAGCUAAACCUCCUGAUAGCUUUGUACUCACUAGUCUGGUUGAUGCUUAUUCUAAAUGUGGGAAACUUCACUAUGCGCGCAAGGUGUUUGAUGAAAUACCUGACCGGAAUGUUGUGUCGUGGACUUCGAUGAUUGUUGCUUAUGUACAAAAUGACUGCGCUGAGGAAGGGUUGAUGUUGUUUAAUAGAAUGAGGGAAGGGUUUGUUGAUGGGAAUGUGUUUACUGUUGGAAGUUUGGUAACUGCUUGCACUAAGUUGGGGUGUUUGCAUCAGGGGAAAUGGGUUCAUGGAUAUGCUAUUAAGAAUGGGAUUGAGAUUAAUUCUUUUUUGGCAACUUCUCUUUUGAAUAUGUAUGUUAAAUGUGGUGAUAUUGGAGAUGCUCGUUCUGUGUUUGAUGAGUUUUCAGUUUCAAGUUUUAGUAGUGAUGAUCUUGUUUUCUGGACUGCUAUGAUUGUUGGGUAUACUCAGAGAGGUUAUCCUCGAGCUGCGUUGGAAUUGUUUACUGAUGAGAAAUGGUAUGGGAUUUUGCCUAAUUCUGUUACUCUUGCGAGUUUGCUCUCUGCUUGUGCUCAACUGGAAAAUGUUGUUUUGGGGAAGUUAUUUCAUGUUCUGGUAGUUAAGUAUGGAUUGGAUGAUACUUCAGUGAGAAAUGCUCUUGUUGAUAUGUACGCAAAGUGUGGACACAUUUUUGAUGCGCGAUAUGUGUUUGAAACUUCGGUUGAUAAGGACAUUGUCUCUUGGAACUCUGUUAUUUCUGGUUAUGCACAAAUUGGUUCUGCAUAUGAAGCUCUUGAUCUCUUCAACAGGAUGAGAUUGGAGUUGUUUUCGCCGGAUGCGGUUACGGUUGUCGGUGUUCUCUCAGCUUGUGCUUCUGUUGGUGGUCAUCAAGUUGGUUCAUCCCUUCAUGCUUUUUCCUUCAAGUAUGGUUUGGUAUCCUCUAGCAUCUACGUUGGCACUGCGUUGCUCAACUUUUAUGCAAAAUGUGGGGAUGCAAAGUCAGCUCGCAUAGUGUUUGAUGAGAUGGGAGAGAAGAAUGCUGUGACCUGGGGUGCUAUGAUUGGUGGUUGUGGCAUGCAAGGUGAUGGAGUUGGAUCUCUUGCGCUCUUUAAGGAUAUGUUGAAAGAGGAAUUUGUGCCUAAUGAAGUGGUUUUUACAACUUUAUUAGCGGCUUGCAGCCAUUCAGGGAUGGUUGGAGAAGGAUUGAGAUUAUUUGAUUUUAUGUGCAGGGAGUUAAAUUUUGUUCCUUCCAUGAAGCACUAUGCAUGUAUGGUUGAUCUGUUGGCACGUGCUGGCAAUCUCCAAGAGGCAUUGGAUUUUAUCGACAAGAUGCCUGUUCAACCCAAUGUUGGUGUGUUUGGAGCUUUUCUUCAUGGUUGUGGACUUCAUUCCAAUUUUGAAUUAGGAGAAGUGGCAAUUAGGAGAAUGUUGGAGUUGCAUCCUGAUCAAGCUUGUUAUUACGUGCUCAUCUCAAACUUGUAUGCUUUGGAUGGAAGAUGGGGCAUGGUCAAGCAGGUGAGAGAGAUGAUAAAGCAAAUAGGAUUAAACAAGGACCCCGGUGUUAGUUUAGUGAAGAUGGAUGUCAACAGUAGUGCUUAUGCAAAUGUCGCAGUUUGAUAUUAUUGUCUUUGUGAUCAUAAAGCAGAACUACACGCUUAACAAAGUGGCUGGAUUAGUUUCAUGAUCACCCUGCCAGAGACGUGACAGUUCUGAAAACAGUUCUAAAAACGAGUCUUGUAAAUUUGAAGGUAACCGUUUGAACAUAAGACUCAAGGUGCUUGGCAGGAGCUGAUGGGUUUGAGGAGAUCAAGUGUUCAAAAGGUCAGCAUGAAAUUGGUAAAUGGCCUUGCUGUAGAAGCAAGGUUGUCUAGCUCGAAAGUCUAGGUAAACUCAUGGAGCAUUGUAGGCUCGACUCUAGGACAUCACUGUACGAGUUUACUAGAUGCAAAGCCAAAAGUAGAUUGAUAUGAAUGCUAUGUUACCUUUGACUCAGUCCGUCUCUAAAACGGGGGAAUGUUGGUCGGAGAAUGGUCAUGCUCAACAAAUACUGGUUUCUACAAAAAUAGUGGAUUUUCAUAAUUUAAAAAAAGCUAGUUCAAGUGAGUUCUUUAUGCAGAAAUACACGCCAAACCGUAGGUAGGCAUAGACGUUAGAGCAAAAUAAUCAAAGUUGUUGGAAACAAAUACAUUAUGUAAUUUGUAUUCUUAAAAUUUGACUUUAGAUAGUGAAUAUAUUUAUUGAGUUACUUGUUUGGAAGUGAUUGCAAUCCCUUACGAUUGAGGUUUCUCCUACUGCAUGGGAGGGGGAAAACAACUAGAGGUAGAAAAUGAGAUUGACCUUACAAUAUUUUAGUUUACUGUUGUACUUGUCAUUUUUUAUAAGUGUCAUUUCAUCUCAAAGAUGUAUGUAUAGUAUUAGUAUUUUGCAUUCAAUGUAAAUUAUAACUUCCUUCUUAUUGAAGAUAGUAUAUUUGCUCACUGCUCAAUUAGGGGUGUGCAAAAUAACCGGUUUCCAUAAACCGAUUUAGAAAAUUUGGUGGACCAAUUUUAAAAACCCAAACCAUUUUGCAUUAAAA